AGAAAAAAAGAGAGAGAAAAAAAUGGAGUCAUCAACAAAAUCAAUUCCAAUGAAAGAGAUUUUAGAUGCACCACUUAAUGUUAUUGGUUUUGAAAAUUCAGAGAUCUCCCCUCAGAAAAUCUUCGGUUACUUUCUGGUGGCCAAAAAAUGUUGCAACCCUUUUGAUGUGUUGCAUGGUGGAGUUUCAGCUCUAGUAGCCGAGUCUCUGGCUAGCAUGGGCGCCCACGUGGCGUCUGGAUUUGGAAGGGUGGCUGGAGUCCACCUCAGCAUCCACCACCUAAAAAGUGCAAAUCUUGGUGAAAUUGUUUAUGCUGAGGCUAAACCUCUCAAUGUUGGAAAAUCAAUUCAUGUUUGGGAAGUGAAUUUAUGGAAAAAAAAUUCUUUAAAUUUAGGGGAAAGAAUUUUGAUUUCUUCAUCAAGAGUUACUAUCAAGACAAACAUGCCUAUACCAAAAAAUGUCAAAGAUGCUGGUGUGAAUAUCAAGAAGUAUGCCAAGUUAUAAUUAGGUCUGGAUAUAGAGUUGAGUUCAAUCAAGCUUGUUAUAGAGUUAUGUUGAUUUGAUCGAGUGGAAUCAAAUUCAAUUAAGCUUGCAAUUGAGUUCGAGUCAAUUCGAGUCUAUAAUAGAGUUUAUGUUUAAUCUAUCUAGUCGAGUCGAAUUCAAUCAAGCUUGUAAAUAAGUUGAAUCGAGUAGGCUUUGCUUGUUGUGAAUUCAAUCAAAACUUUUAGUGCUUGUUUGGUUAUUUCAAAAUUAUGUAAUUAUCCG